AUGCAGCAGCAGACUAUGUUGAAUCAAUUUGGGCCGGCACCACAGAUAACAGUAUCCGAUCCACGGCUGCUGAAUUUAGAUAACGCCAUAGCAUCCACCCAACAGCAGCUCACGGCAAUCCAAAAUGGAAUAGCCGAAGCUAAACUACAAGAACAGAUCAUUGAAGCGAAUAAUAAAGCUGCACAACAGGCCCAGGCCCAGCUUAGAAUAGGUGAAUUGGGAUCUAUUGCCAUAAAUCCCACUCAACAGCAACUGAUUAAUGCUGGUAAUACCAUUGAUGUUCAGCAGCAAACGAUGGGGUCAGCAGAACAAUUGCAACAACAACAGUUUUUGGAAAUGAACAAUGCAAUCCAAAAUCAGGCAGCCAACGCUGUAUCGCCAUUUCCACAACAACAACAACAACAACAACCGAAUUUAGCUGAAAGGUUUGUACAACAGCCACAAAACUUAAACAAUGCUGGUCUGGGGUCAGCAGAACAAUUGCAACAACAACAGUUUUUGGAAAUGAACAAUGCAAUCCAAAAUCAGGCAGCCAACGCUGUAUCGCCAUUUCCACAACAACAACAACAACAACAACCGAAUUUAGCUGAAAGGUUUGUACAACAGCCACAAAACUUAAACAAUGCUGGUCUGGGGUCAGCAGAACAAUUGCAACAACAACAGUUUUUGGAAAUGAACAAUGCAAUCCAAAAUCAGGCAGCCAACGCUGUAUCGCCAUUUCCACAACAACAACAACAACCAAAUUUAGCCGAAAG